AUGGCCUCCAAGCGCAAAGCCCUGGGCAAGGAGCCAGCAAGCAGAGGCAAGAAAGCCAAGGCCGGGGAGGAGGAUGACCCCUGGCAGUCCACCCUGGCCACCCUGAAGGCUGCACCCAAGGACAAGCCUCCCGCCGCAAUUGAUGGGCUGUGUCCCUUGAGCAAGGUGGCGGGAGCCCAGGUCUAUGAAGACUAUGACUGUACCCUCAACCUGAGCGACAUCGGCGCCAACAACAACAAGUUUUACAUCAUCCAGCUCAUCGAGCACGGCGGUGCCUACAGUACCUGGAACCACUGGGGCCGCGUGGGGGAGGUGGGCCAGAACAAGCUCGUGCCCUUCACUUCCCUGGAAGCCGCCAAGAAGGACUUUGAGAAGAAGUUUCGGGAGAAGACCAAGAACAACUGGGCAGAGAGGGCGAACUUUGUGGCGCAUGCGGGGAAGUACACGCUCAUCGAGGUGCAGCCGGGGGGAGCCCAGGAGGCGGAGGUCUCUGUGGAUGACGUGGAUGGGGCCAAGGUCUGCAAGAAGCGGGUCCUGCCUUGCACCUUGGACAAAGCGACGCAGGAUCUGGUCUCCCUCAUCUUCAGCAACGACAUGUUCCGAGAUGCCAUGCAGACCAUGAACAUUGAUGUGAAGAAGAUGCCCCUGGGGAAGCUGAGCAAGCAGCAGAUCGCCAGGGGCUUUGAGGCGCUGGAAGAGCUGGAGGCGGCGCUGCGGGAGCAGCCGGCCGGGGCCCCCCGCCUGCAGGAGCUCUCCUCCCGCUUCUACACCAUCGUUCCCCACAACUUCGGGCGGGCACGGCCGCCCCCCAUCGAUUCCCACAGCCUGCUGCGUGCCAAGAAGGACAUGCUGUUGGUGCUGGCUGACAUUGAGCUGGCGCAGAGCCUGCAGGCGCAGAAAGCGAAAGAGGAAGAGGAGGAAGAGGUGCCUCACCCAUUGGAUCAGGAUUACGCCCUGCUCUGCUGCCAGCUCUCCCUGCUGGAGCCCUCCUCCCGGGAGUACAAGCUGAUCGAGAACUACAUUGUGCAGACUGGGAACAAGCUCCAGGUCCUCAACAUCUGGGAGGUGGCCCGAGAGGGCGAGGAUGAGCUCUUCAAGGCCCACAGCCACCUGGAGCACCGGCGCCUGCUCUGGCACGGCACCAACGUGGCGGUGAUCGCAGCCAUCCUGAAGAGCGGGCUGCGCAUCAUGCCCCACUCGGGUGGGCGUGUGGGCAAGGGCAUCUACUUUGCCUCAGAGAACAGCAAGUCAGCCGGCUACGUGCGCUACACGUCCCAGCGGGUUGGCAUCAUGUUCCUGAGCGAGGUGGCCCUGGGCGAGCCGUAUCGCAUCACGCAGGAUGACCCCGCACUGUGUCGGCCACCGGCCGGCUACGACAGCGUCCUGGCCUGCGGCCGGACAGAGCCAGACCCAGCGCAGGAUGAGGAGGUGCUGCUGGAUGGCAGGAAGGUGCUGGUGUGCCAGGGCAAGCCCAUCGCCAUGCCCGCCUACAAGGACUCCUCCUUCAGCCAGAGCGAGUACCUCAUUUACCAGGAAAGCCAGUGUCGUAUCCGCUACCUCAUCCAGCUCCGCUUCUGA